UCUCACAGGAGCUCAUCGAGGAGCUUCCCGAUGACUCGUCACCCAGCGCCGUCCUCGCCCACUCCCUGGCUGCAGUGGGCAACCUCUGCACCAUGAAACCUGCCCUGGAGCCAGCCCUAGAGACCCACCUCUUGCGAGCUGCCCUUCACUCCGUCUUCACCCUGGGCACGGAGAAGGACACCACCGGCAUCCAGACUCUGCACAAAGUCAUCCCAGAGGUCCUGGAUGCCAUGCUGGGGAACCUGCUGGCAGAGUCCCCAGACACAGACAGGCUCCACUUCAUCUUGGAGCAUGUCAACCUCUGGGUCGUGUCCAGGGUGUCGCAGGAGCGAGCCAGGGCCAUCAGGAGCAGCACAGCCCUGCUGAGAUACACAGUCACUCUCCCUGAGUUUGACGUAAGUGAGCUCCGAGCCCAGCUUGCUGGCUCCAGGCGGAGGCGGGCUGGCUCCAGCGGGCUGCAGGAUCUGCUGCUGCUGCCGGGGCUGUGGCUUAGGAGGAUCUCAGCCGAGUUCCCUCGGAUGGGGCAUCAUGUGGCCCAGCUGGCUCUAUUUGUCAGCGAUCCAGACAAGGACGUCAGCCGGCAGGCCAGGGAGGGGACUUACCGGCUCUACCAACUGCUGCUCCAACAGAGGGGCCUGACCAUACAUGAAGUGGAAGAUCUCUGGUGCUACGACUGGCACCAGGACAGCAGGCUGUUGGGCUACAAGAAUACAGCCAGAGUGGGGGAGGUCUUUGGGAAAUUCUUCUCCGUCGGGCAGAGAAGAUCCUUCGUGCAGACAGCUUUGCUGGCCAUCCACGACCCCCUGCUGCGUGUCAGCCAGGCUGGGCUGGUGCUCGUCUACUCCCUCCUGGGGGAAGCCCAGCAACUGAUGGGGGACACGCACGAGGAUGUCACAGCCAAGGUCAUGUGCCAGCUUCACAUCAUCCGGCACUUGCACCAGAUGCCCGAGGCGCUGCAAGGGCUGUGGCUCAUCUGACGCUCUUCAAAUUUCCCCUCCCUGUUCAGCAAGUCCCGCUCCCUGUUGCAGGUACUGCUCUGUCUCACUGUA